AUACUGUCAGUAGUCAGUAGUCAGUUUGCCCACAAACGCUUCGGCGAUCGGUUUGUGCGCCAGUAUUUAUUAUUAUUUUAUAAAUUAUAAAUAAAAAAAUUUUUGUUUUAAUUAAUUAUAUAUUUUGCUGCAGUUUACUUGUGUCUAGGCAGCUCAAGUUAAAUAAUUAUAAAUAAUUCUCAUAUAUAUGUAUAAAAAUAUUUUUAUAUAUUUUUAAAUUUAUGUGAUUUUUUUGAAUUUUACUCCCUUAUGAUAUUUUUGGACAAAGGAUUUUUUUUAUGAGAUCGCGGUCGCAAACGCGACAAUGAUUAUUUUCAAUUGAUCGUUACUAUAAUUCAUGAAUGGAUGGAGGAUCGACGGAGAAAAUUAAUAGAAAUUCGAUGGAGGAUUUGGGAUGUCUGGAAAAUUUAAACAAUCCAUCAAAUUCAUUAAUCAUCGGAGCAAUAAUAUGGAGCUUAUUAUUAUUAAUAUCAGUUUUAUUAAAUGCAACAUUAUUAUUAGCGUUUGUAAAACGUCCUGGUUUACGUACAAUAUCAAACAGAUUUGUGAUGAAUCUAAGUGCUUCCAACUUACUGACAAUCGGUCUACUCCACCCGCUGUUGAUAACCGACCGAGGAGCGCCAUCAUCCAUCCACUGUACCCUAGCAGAGGGCGCCACAGCUUUAGUAACGACAUCUUCAAUCUUCUCAGUCCUUCUAAUCGCAAUCGACCAAUACCUCGCCGUUAUCGAUCCUCUCCGUUAUCGCACACGAAUCGAUAACCUCAAGUGCACCGUAUUAAUAAUAUUAGUCUGGCUUUUCUCCGCCACCAUAUCUCUUCUCGCCAUUUUCAACACCAACAACAACGCCACUUACACCCCCGACCAAAACAAUCACCAACAAAGUAUCUGGUUAAGUUGUCAGCCUGACUUACCGACUGCCAAUAAAUCUGCUUUACCGACCGUCGAUUCCCCUUCUUCUUUAUCGUCCCCACCUCAAUCGUCUUCCUCACCCUCCUCAUUUAUUAUUUAUAAUUUAAUUUAUACAACAAUAUAUAUUAUUAUUAUUUAUUUAGUACCAUUUAUAACAAUAAUAUGGAUAUAUAUUUGUAUAUAUACUGCAGCACACAAUAAUUCUGAACGGACCCGACGUACCGGCUCACGGCCAAUACUUACCGUCACAAACUACCUUACCGACGAUGAUUAUUUGCCAUUACGUCAUGAUAAUGAUAUUAAUAGAAUUAAAAAUAUAUCUAGUCUCUCAUCAAUUGACGAGAGUAUUGAGAUAACUAGUCAAUUACAAAGACAUUUGUCACCCUCACCAAUUAUUGAAGAAGAUAUUAAUUUUAAUAAUAAUAGUAAUAACGUAGAAGAAGUUAAAGAAGAACUGAUACCUGUUAUUUUUACCGUUGGAUCUCAUAAUAAUGAUAUUACAAUGCAAUUUAAUGAUAAUACCAAAGAUAUUAUUGAGUACUGUGUGAUCGAUUGUCAACAAGAUGGCGGUCGAUGUAGCAGAGAGGAGCGAGAACCCCGACCGUAUGGUUGCUAUGAUAAAAUAAAUGGGGGUAGUAGUGGGGAUGACGAUCAACAAGAUGGCGACUGGAAAGAAAAUGGCGGCCGUAGGCCACUAGGCGGCCAUUUAAAGAAUGAUUGUGAGCAAGGAUGUGGUGCUGAGUGUCACCAGGAAAAACGUGGUGAAUAUGGAAGUGAUGAUUGUCUGCCAUAUGGUGGCCAUAUUAAAGAAAAUGGAAGUGAGGAUGAUUGCUUGGAACAAAUUGGGCCAGAAAAUAAAGGUUGGGUGCAUGGUAGCCAUGUUAGUAAGACAUAUGGUGAAAAGACGCCAUGUAUUGACCAUGGGCAAACGGGUAAAUUAUAUAGCAGCCAUAUGGGUGAGAAUAAUGGCGACAGGUGGCAGUAUAUUGGUUGUGGUACUGAAGGUAGUGACGAACAAGAUGGCGACUGCAGUCAAUAUGGCUCCCUGCACAAUGACAAUUUUAUAGAAAAUGAUCUACAGAUCUGUAAACAAAAUGGCGGAUGUGAUAUAAACGACUUACAAAUCGGUCAUCAAAAUGGCGGACAUGUCUUACAUGGCAAACAAUAUGGCCAUUGUUCAAAUCAAUGUGGCAACAGAAAUGAUGGACAAUUUAUCGAUGACUUACAAAUCGAUAAUCAAGAUGGCGGACAUGUCUUACAUGUCAAACAAAAUGGCCACUGUUUGAAUCAAUAUGGUAAUGAAUAUGGCAGCAUAAAUAAUGGGAAAUUUAUCGAAGAUGACUUACAGACCAGUCAACAAGAUGGCGGCCAUGACACACCAGACGGUAUUUUACACGGACAAGAUUCAAACCAAAAUGGCGGACUGAUUCCGCCAAAGUUGAACUCAAAUUCUCGUUAUGGUACUCGUACGACUGCAAAUUACAUAAAUUCUCUGCGUCACCGUAUAAGUAACGGUUCAUUAUUCAAAUAUCGGGAAGAAACGCGUGCUGCGCGUAUCAGCGCGUUGGUUAUCGUCAUGGGUUUCGUCUGCUGGACGCCAUUUUUCUCGAUCGUGGUUAUAAAAAACUUGACAGUGAAUCUGUUGUACCAUCAGAUGGACUUGUUGGGUAUCGGGUGCUUCGUUAUGGGGACGAUAGUCUCGCCCAUGUUGUUCGGUUACCGAUCGAGGAGGGUAAAGAGGGAACUCAGGAAACUGUUUUGCUUCAGGAGGGAACUUGCGUACAAAAACAAUCGGAGUCUGAUGGCCAAAAAGGUGCUGAGGCGGAGGCACAGUUCCAGUUGGGGGGUCGACGGGCUGACGGACAAAGGGGGCAAGUUAAGCGGGUUCUGGAAUUUCUACGCCCGGGGCAAGUUGGGCAAAGACUGCGGCAGUAAAGUUCAGUUUGUUCACGUUUCCGAGACGGCGCUUACUGUCGACACCUGCCGAAGCUCAUUCUCCAGCGGUGCUAGUACUCAAGUAUCCAGUACUUCUACCGACGAUAGUUAAAUUGACUUCCUGUUUUAUCGACCUUAUUUUUUUACAAAAUCGCCUUCUCGUAAAUUUAAUGUAUUUUUAUACUUUUACUUUGAAUAUUUCGGUAAAUAUUAAAGAUACGGUAAAAAUGAUAAAAAAUCUUUUUGUAGGAAAUUUGACGCUCUACAAAAAUGGUCCUUAUCAAUUUUGUCAUAACUUCAAUAUUUAAUGAGAUAUUCGUUAUCUGAAUAUUGUAAUCUCAAAUUAAUUAAUUAAUUUAGAAUUUUUUUAAAUUUGAUUAAUUUUUGAAAAUUGAUUUUUUUUUACUUUUUUACGAAAAAAAAAAUGGCGUAGUUUUAUUUAUUAUUUUUUUUAAUUGUAAAAAUGGUUUUUUUAAAUCAUUGAAAAUUGUAAA